AUGUAUACCAAUCCAUUCGGUGCAUUUUGGGAUUUACCAGGCGUGUCUGACGCAUCUAACGAGCAACGUCUUGCUACAGGGAGCUCUGGACUGACCUUUGGCGCUCUUCCGCUGGCGGACAACCCCUGCACGAUGAAAUUCACAUUCAACAGCCACCAAACGGGUGUUCUGAACAGCAACGUCACAGGCCCCAACACCCUCGUAUAUUUCAACGUCUCGUCGAGCACGACGACGACGACAGUAUCACGCAAAAAUGGAGACGUAUACGCGACUGUCGAGUGGACGCGCCACCCAAUGAUGCAGAUAUAUGGCGAGACAGGUCGUAUACCCACCUCCCACUGGAUCAGCCUAUCUCCAGAUCGAACCCAACGAGUCGUAAUGAUCAAAGGCCGUUAUUACUACUGGAUCCCAAGAGGUACCAGAAUUUGCCUUUACGGAGAUGAUGAUGAGACAGCGACCAUAUCUGGGGAGAUUGCGCACAUCUCACGCACAGAUGGAGAGGUCUCCCUGAACAUCUCGCUCGUAGCAUUCAACAAUGGAUUUUUGGACGCCUGUGUGCUUGCCACCGUGCUCUUCAUGAGUGGCAGAAAUAUCGACUAA